AUGUCGCUCUACUACGAGGCCGCAGCGAUUCUCGCCAACUCUGAUAAUGUUGGCGGGUCGCUCAAAUCGCGAAUCUACAAGAAGAAAGAGCUGAAAAGUACGCCCGGUCAAAUCUUUGCGCUCAUUGCAGAAUCGUCGAAAUGGUCGUUGGUACUCAAGCAUGUUAUCGACAAGACCAGCCUGUUGGCUGAGGAGAGGAAGGUGAACUUUUACACACAAUUCCGCACACGCGACCAUCUCAUGCUGACAACCGCGAAGCUCACACCCGUCCUCGCUCUCCUUCUGGCCCACGAUCUCCUCCUUGCGAAGAGCGGCGUCGCUGCUCCCGCCAACCAUGUCCUCAAGCUAGCAAUCACCCGACACAAAGCCCGUCUCAGCGCUGAACUCACCAAAUCUCGGAUUCGACAUGGGUAUGCUACACUCGACGCCUUCAGAGAGGCUGUAAGCAAUGGCGAGCUCGACCAAGAGGACGGAGAGGCACCGAAGAGCCGCCAUCCACGAUGGGUGCGCGUGAAUACCAUCAAGACGACUUUGCAGGAGCAGCUGUCGAAAACGUUUGCGGGAUAUGAGAAGACGAAUGAUUUGGAAAAAGUGCUUGCAGCUCCCAGAAAAACCAAGAUAUAUUACGAGGACCCAAAUAUACCCAACCUACUUGCUCUGCCUGCUCAGAUCGAUCUCAGCCGCUCGGUAGCCUAUGCCAAGGGCCAGAUUAUCUUUCAAGACAAGGCCUCAUGCUUCCCAGCAUAUCUUCUGGACCCUACGCCUGAUGAUGGGGACGUCAUCGAUGCUACAGCGGCGCCUGGAAAUAAGACGACACAUCUAGCAGCGAUCGUGAAGAGUCGUAGUGAACCUGACCAGGAACAAAAAGUCAUUGCUUUCGAGCGUGACAAAGGCAGGACGAGUAUUCUUCAAAAGAUGGUCAAGCUUGCGACUACCGAUAGCGUCAUCAAAGUAAAGGGCAGCAGCGACUUCAUAACUGCCAAGCCCGAGUCGGAUGAGUAUGCCAGCGUUGGGGCCAUCCUACUCGAUCCCAGUUGCUCUGGCACCGGCAUUGUCGGACGAGACGACGCGAUCAAGAUGCACCUCCCUGAAGCGCAAGGGGGCCGAACAGCGCUACCAAUACCCGGCAAAGGAAGGAAGCGAAAACGCGGCGAUGAAGAGAGCAAGGCAGAGCACGACACCGCAACUUUGCGCUUAGACAUGGACGAAUCGACACCAGAGGAGACGAUGGUUGUUGGUAAGCUAUCUGAACGGCUCACAGCGCUCUCAGCGUUCCAGCUCCACAUUCUAACCCAUGCCAUGCGCUUUGCAAAUGCUCACAAGAUCACCUACUCCACAUGUUCGAUACACUUCGAGGAGAACGAGGGUGUCGUAUUGCAGGCGCUGUCGACGUCGGUGGCAAAAGAUCGGGGGUGGAGGAUCCUUAGGAGGGACGAACAAGUCGACGGUUUACGGAAAUGGGCAAGGCGCGGUGCAUGGGAAGAUGGCAAGCUCAACUGCGCCGUGGGUGAACCUCGCAAGCAAGAAGUCUUGGAAGGGUGUAUUAGAUGUGACAAGGGAACUGAAGAAGGUACCAUGGGCUUCUUCGUUGCAGGAUUUGUAAGAGAAGAUGCACCCGACGCGAUGGAGCUGGCCGAAGAAGGCGCAGAAGCUGCAGAGGAAUGGAAUGGCUUCGAUGAGGAUGAGGAUGCACCGCUGGAGCUUGCACGCAUGAUCGAUUCCCCUCCUGCGGGGGAGCCGAUUCAACCCAAGAGGAAGUCCACAAAGAGGAAGAAAGGCUUCUACAACAAUGGCACUUCACCAGUACAUCCUCUUUCACCUACAAUCUGCUUCAUUAAUCGCGGCCAACGCUCAGGCUCAAGGCACACCUUUUGCAAUCGUCUCUCACGCGGUAACUUCCUUUGGCCUCGCAUGGCGAAUGUAGCUUCACGCGAUUACCUGGCCCCACCUCCACCUCUAUCUGGUGAUCUCUCGCGACCUGAACUCAAGCGACUUGCCCUAUGGAUCCGUGACGGUCUUGACAUACUUGUCGCACGCGAAGGACCGGACAUUCUACGGCCAGACGAUGUCCUUACCCUGCAUGACAUGUUCAUCGCUCUGCAACAUGCAAAUGACAUUACUUUUCUCGACUUGAGAGCAACAGGAAUCCACAAAGCUGUUCAGGACAUUUCCGGUGUGGCAACGCGAUGGCCCGGCCGUUUGUGCGACGACUGCGACAAACUCAUACGUAUCUGGACGGCCAAGUUCGGCUCAUUCACCGAUAUCCAUCCUUUUCUCUAUGGCAGGGGUGGUCGGCUUGAGGGUAUCGCUACUAUUUCUCAAUACUCCCGCGAGGAUCUGCUUGCGCGAUGGGCUCAACUUUGCCCCGAGAAAAUUGAUCCGAAGUGCUCUCAUCAGCUAGGAGAUUUGGGAUUCAGCGUGGGAUCAUGGUGGAUUAAUCCUCUCUUCGCGCAUCAUGCGGGUAUUAUCGGCCGCGAAGCAUGUGACGGUGGGACGACCUUUGAUAAAAACGGCGCAUACGCUUUGGUUCUCAAGGACACCGGUGAAGUUGAUGCAGAGUGCGAUGACAAGUUCACAUAUCGAGUUCCACAGGACGACAAAGGCAAGUUUCGCCUCACAGCCGCAACUCCCAAGAGCAGAGAUCCCAUCAGAGUGCUUCGAAGUCACAGUAUCAACAGCAUAUGGGGUCCCAAGGCUGGCAUUCGAUAUGAAGGACUAUACUCUGUGAAGGGUUGGUCUAUCCAUCAAGCCAAGACUGCUGAUACUGCCAAUGGCCAAUGGAAAGAAGGCGAUAUUCUAUACGACGUCAAAUUUGAGCGAUCCUGCCCAGUGGCACUGUCGGAGGUCAUUCGUCGCCCGACAGCUACUGAAGUUGACGACUACCUCGAAUAUAAGCGUCUACGCAAGUUGUACCGAGAGGGAAAACGCAAUGCGGGGACUAGAAUGCCAGAGAUGACGGACGACAUAGCUCUUGCGAAGAUCGCGCCUGCAAUAGCACCACUUCCAAGACAGCUUACUGCCAUCUUUCCAGGUCUCCCAGAAUCUCCCGUCAGGUCCCGGGACACAAUCUUCAAAGAACCCCAUUAUGACAAGAAAGCACACAUCCCAUUCCUGGCUCAUGGUGGACAUGCAUUUAUGAAGGUUGCAAGCAACGAUGCCUCGCCCUUCACAAGACCUGGGAGCAGCUUACUCAAGGUCCCCUUCAAGUCCGCCGCCACACGCUCCCAGCCCAGUAGCUUGGCGGAGUCGUCCCUCUCCGUUAGUCCAGAUGAUUCGCAGCCCAGUAGUCUCCGCACUGCGACCAGCGCACAUUCCAACAUCAAAGAGGUAGCACCAUGGACUGAGCAUGACACCAACUUGGCACUUCCUGAAGUACCCGAAGAAUUAGCCCAUGCCGGCGACCGCGUCCUCUCUCAGCCCCUCAAGCCCAACAAUGAGCAGAAGCCCGUUGCUGAAAUUGUAGCCCCCGCCCCGAAUUCUAUUCGUCGUGGCCGGAAGAGGAGCACGGAAUCCAAGGCGCCGAUUCCGUCCAUCUUGAAAAAAGACGAGAAAAAGUUCACGAUGAAGCGGGAUCGUAGUCCAAUCAAUAAGCUCUUCGAUGGAAGUAUGGAGGAGGUAUUCGAGGAAGUAUCCGGUUUUGAUCGGGAUGCAAUUUGUCCGCCGAAUGAGUGGGAGCUGGUUCCUGGGUUCACAGCUGAGAGCAAGGGGAAAUCGGUUCUACUGGAGAGGGAUGCUAUCCAGUGGCCUUUUACAAACCCUUUUAUCGAGAAUUUGAGUAAGAGGAGAGAGAGGAAGGAUAUGAUUUCAAUUCUUAAAGCGGCGAAGCUUGCUUUGCGCUUUCAAAAUGUAAGCACAUGUUGCUGUCACCAUGUCGCAUACCCCCAGAGAUUACGCGAAGUUGUCAUCUUCCUGCCUUCAAUCGAGACGCAGAUCAAGCCAGGAAUGUGGUAUCCUGGUGGACGACAACCGUCAAGACUGGAGUCCCACAAUGCUUUGAAGUACAUUGAUACAACACUCGUGAUUUCUAGACGUACAUUGACAAUCACAAAAGCUCCGGAAAAUGAGACGUUGAUACCGAGUCAGGCAGAUCUGCGACGUGGAACGCGACAACAAGCGAGUGUUAGCGUGGGGACUAUAACGGUAGCUGUGGCUUGA